AAGAAAAACAAUGGUUCUGCAGUUCCCCUAACUAAACAAUGGCCAGGAGUCUGCUCAAGGCUCCUCCUUUCUCUUUCUCGGUUCCGUCUCUGUUGGGCUGUUUCGGUGCCCGUAUCUGCGGCCAAAAGCGCUUCUCUUUGACAGCGAGGUUCAUUUCUACCUCUACACAGAACAACCUCGAGGGAUUGGUCGAUCCAGGGGACCCGUUUUCGGUGGGGGCAUCUCAGUUCGAGUCAGUUUCAGAAGAAUUUGCCUUUUUGCGGGACUCUUUGCUUCGUUCUGCCGCUGACUCAGAGCAAAAAAUUGAAGUGGGUAAGUCUUCAAACGAUGCUGCCAUCAUUGCCAAUGCUAUUUUGACUAAUAAUGAUGAGUUUGGAGACAAAACCCAGAAGUUUCUUAGGCAGUUUAGAGAGAAAAUGAAUGGGAUUUUAGUUGCUCAAGUGUUGAAUUUGAUAAAGAGACCUGAAUUGGGUGUAAAGUUUUUUCUUUGGGUAGGGAGGCAAAUUGGGUACACUCAUACUCUGCCUGUGUAUUAUGCGUUGCUAGAUUUGAUGGAAUGUGGCAAUAGUGAUAGAAUCCCGGAGCAGUUUUUGCGUGAAAUUAGAGAUGAUGACAAGGAGGUGCUUGGAAAGUUGUUUGGUAUAUUGGUUCAAAGAUGUUGUCAUCAUGGGCUGUGGAAUGUUGCACUGGAGGAGUUAGGUAGGCUUAAAGAUUUGGGGUACCGGCCGUCUAGAAGAACUUAUUGUGCACUGAUUCAAGUAUUUCUAAGAGCUGAUAGAUUAGACACAGCUCAUUUGGUUCACAGAGAGAUGUCAGAUUCCGGCUUUAGAAUGGAUGGCUAUACGAUAGGCUGUUACACAUAUUCCCUUUGUAGAGCAGGCCAGUGGAGGGAAGCCCUUCAGUUGAUUGAGAGGGAAGAAUUCAAGCCUGAUACUGUGCUGUAUACACAGAUGAUAUCUGGUUUAUGUGAAGCUUCACUCUUUGAAGAAGCUAUGAACUUUUUAAACAUAAUGCGUGCUAGUUCCUGCAUUCCUAAUGAGGUGACGUUUAGGAUUUUGCUUUGUGGCUGUUUGAGAAAGAAACAACUUGGUAGGUGUAAGAGAAUUCUUAGCAUGAUGAUUACAGAGGGUUGUUAUCCAAGCCCUAGGAUAUUUAAUUCUCUUGUUCAUGCUUUUUGCAGAUCAGGAGACCAUGCCUAUGCCUAUAAGUUGCUAAAGAAAAUGGCCAAAUGUGGGUGCCAGCCAGGCUAUGUGGUUUACAACAUAUUGAUAGGUGGCAUUUGUGGCAAUGAGGAGUUGCCUAGCUCAGAUGUGCUAGAAUUAGCUGAGAAGGCAUAUAGUGAAAUGCUUGAUGCUGGAAUUGUUCUCAAUAAGAUCAAUGUCAGCAACUUUGCACGAUGUCUUUGUGCUGCUGGAAAAUUUGAGAAAGCAUAUAACAUAAUCCGUGAGAUGAUGAGUAAGGGUUUUAUACCUGAUACUAGCACAUAUUCCAAAGUCAUCAUGUAUCUCUGCAAUUCUUGCAAAGUUGAAAAGGCUUUCCAAUUAUUUGAAGAAAUGAAGAAGGGUGGUCUUGUCCCUGAUGUAUAUACGUAUACAGUCUUAAUUGAUAGCUUUUGUAAAUUCGGUCUUAUUGAACAGGCACGUAAUUGGUUUGAUGAAAUGGUAAGGACUGGUUGUACCCCUAAUGUGGUGACUUACACUGCAAUGAUACACGCUUACCUUAAAGCAAAGAAGGUCUCUAUUGCAGAUGAGCUCUUUCAGAUGAUGUUAUCCCAAGGCUGCAAACCUACUAUCAUUACAUACACAGCAUUGAUUGAUGGUCAUUGUAAAGCUGGACAGAUUGAGAAAGCCUGCCAGAUUUAUGCAAGAAUGUGUGGUGAUGUGGAAAUCCCUAAUUUAGAUUUAUAUUUUAGUGUGGGUGAUGGUGAAGCAAAAGAACCAAAUGUUUACACAUAUGGAGCUUUAGUGAAUGGUUUAUGCAAGGUUUACAAGGUCAAGGAAGCUCGUGAGUUAUUGGAUGCCAUGCCAGCAGCAGGUUGUAAGCCAAACCAGAUUCUCUAUGAUGCACUUAUAGACGGAUUUUGCAAGGUUGGAAAGCUAGAUGAAGCACAAGAGGUGUUUGCAAUGAUGUCUAAGGAUGGUUACAGUGCAAAUGUUUAUACCUACAGCUCAUUGAUUGACAGAUUGUUUAAAGAUAAGCGUUUGGAUCUUGCUUUAAAAGUCUUGUCCAAAAUGCUUGAAAAUUCUUGUGCCCCUAAUGUUGUUAUUUACACAGAGAUUAUUGAUGGCCUUUGCAAGUCUGGCAAAACUGAUGAAGCCUACAAGCUUAUGUUGAUGAUGGAAGAAAAAGGGUGUUGUCCAAAUGUUGUGACUUACACAGCAAUGAUUGAUGGCUUUGGUAAAGAAAGCAAGGUUGACAAAUGCCUCAAGCUUUUAAGAGAAAUGGGUUCCAAGGGUUGUGCACCAAAUUUCAUCACAUACAGUGUUUUAAUAAAGCACUGUUGUGUUGCUGGCCUCUUAGAUGAGGCUUGUGAGCUUUUGGAUGAGAUGAAACAGACCUACUGGCCAAAGCACAUGUCAAGCUAUCGGAAGGUCAUUGAAGGGUUCAACAGAGAGUUCCUUGACUCUUUGGGAAUCUUAGAUGAGAUGAAUAAAACAGAAUCCGUGCCAAUUGUUCCUGUUUAUAGGAUUCUGAUUGAUAAUUUGUUAAAAGCUGAUAGACUGGAGGUGGCUUUGGAGCUAUACAAAGAGAUUGAAUCAUUUUCAUCAUUCUCAGCUGCCAUUAAGAGCAUCAAUGAUGCUUUGAUUAGUAGCCUUUCUCUAGCUGGAAAAGUGAAUGAGGCUUUUGAACUGUAUGGAGACAUGAUAAGGAAGGGUGGCAUUCCUGAGCUAAGCACAUUUGUUCACCUUAUUAAAGGGCUCAUCAAAGUCAACAGGUGGGAAGAGGUGCUUAAUCUCUCAUAUAGCAUAUGUCACAAUCAUAAAAUGCUGGUGAGAGUGGUGGAGAGCCCUGCACCUUCAUAAGCUCCAGGGGUUUGAAGGAGCGAAUUCCUGACAGACUCCAGUGCCAGCUUGUACAUUCUUGAGUGUAGGGCAGGUUCUCUGUUGCUGCAUGGCUGCAUUCCUCUUCCUGAUCUGAAUCAAAUGGUUUGGAAAAUCCUAAUUAAAUUAAACUGCAGUCCUUCCCAGAAGCUUGAGCUGAAAUCCACGAUUGAGGGGGGAUAGAGUUUCAGUUUUUCAUCAUGAGUUGCAGUAGAAGAGAUUGCAGGCAAUAUCUAAAUUUCUCCACUUGAUGGGGACCUGAAAUCGACAUUUUUGACACUAAUACAUCGUCCUGCAAGAUGUUCUUGACUUUUUCUACUUUUUCUGUAUAUAUGACUACUGUCACCAAAUUAAUUACUAAUCAUAGC